GGUCCAUACUGGUUCCCCGCCAUGGCUCUGCCGCCCGCCCUUGCCGUGGCCUCGUCGCUGCUGCUGCUGCUGCUCCUGGACGCGGUGCUGGUGGCUGUGGUGGCCCCAGUGGCCCCAGUGCUGCUGCAGUGGCCGCUGGUGGCCGUGUGGCUGGAGGCCGGGCUGCGGGUGCUGGUGUUGGCCGCGGCCACGCGGUUCCUGUCCCCAGGGUGUCCCCGUGGCGCCGCCGUCACCAUCGGCCUCACCCCGGCCGCCUUCAGCACCCUCCGGAGCCUCCUGGUGCCUCCAGGCUCCGUGCUGCCGCUCUUGGCCAUGGCCAACCCGUGGUGGCUGGCGGUGACCCACGGCGUGGCUGCGGUGGCCGCGCUGGCCUGGGCUGUGCCGGUGCCGGGUCGUCCCGAUGCAGCCCAGGGUGCGGCGGCCACGCGGCAACUCUUGGCCUUGGCGUGGGCCGAGUGGCGUGUUUUUGGAGGUGCCUUCAUAUCCUUGGCGUUGGCCGUGUUGGGGGAGGUGGCGGGGCCCUACUGCACGGGGAAGGCUUUGGAGGCCAUCAGGAGCGGAGAUGGAAUCACCGGCAUCGCGCUUGGCAUGGUGCUGGCUGCGGAUCUGGGCAGCUCCUUCUUCGCCGGCUGCCGUGGUGGCCUCUUCCUCUUGGCAGGAGCCCGCCUCAAGCUGAGAACUUCCAACCAGCUCUUCUCCCGCCUGCUCCACCGGGAUCUGACCUUCUUCCAGGAGACUCCAGCAGCCGAGCUCUGUGCCCAGUUGUCCAACGAGGUGCCGCUGAUGUGCGAGGCCGUGCCGUUAAGCUCCAAUGUGGCCUUGAGGAGCCUGGCCAUGGCCUUGGGCUUGGGGGGCUUCAUGGUGGCGCUGUCACCGGAGCUGGCGCUGCUGGCGGCGCUGGAGGUGCCCCUCACCAUCACCGCCAGGAAGGUCUAUGAUGGGCGCUACCAGGUGCUGCAGCGCGCGGUGCUGGAGGCCGCGGCCGCCACGGCCGGGGUGGUGCAGGACACGGUGGCCUCCAUGGACACGGUGCGGGCCUGCGCUGGGGAGGAGGAGGAGGAGCAGCGGCACCGCGGGGCCGUGAGCGAGCUGCUGCGGCUGAAGCAGCGCCUGGGGCUGGAGCAGAUGUUCUUCACCCUGCUCGAGCGGGUGCUGCGCCUGGCGCUGCAGGUCCUGGUGCUGUUCCGAGGGUACCAGCUGCUCCGGGACGGCUCCGGCACCGCCGGGGAUCUCAGCACCUUCCUGCUCUACCAGGCCAGGCUCGGGCGCCAUGUGGAGGCGCUGGUCUUCGGCCACGGUGACCUCCUGGGCAAAGCCGCCGCCAGUCGCCACGUCUUGGCCAACCUCAACCAUGGCUCCAGCUGUGACACCGGUGGCACCCGGUGCCCGGCCGCGCUCCGGGGCCACGUCACCUUCCACCACGUCUCCUUCGCCUACCCCACGCGCCCCGAGUGCCUCGUCCUGCAGGAUAUCACCUUUGAGUUGCGCCCUGGCGAGGUGACGGCGUUGGUGGGACCCAACGGCAGCGGGAAGAGCUCUUGUGCGGCGCUGCUGAAGAGGUUCUAUGAGCCCCAGAGCGGGGAGGUGCUGCUGGAUGGGGUCUCCUUGAGGGACUACGAGCACCAGUAUCUGCACCAGCAGGUGGUGCUGGUGGGGCAGGAGCCCGUCCUCUUCUCCGGAACCAUCCGAGACAACAUCACCCUGGGGCUGGAGGGCGCCGGGGAGGACAAGGUGAAGGCGGCCGCCACAUUGGCCGGAGCCUGGAGCUUCAUCAUGGACCUGGAGCAGGGGCUGGACACCGAUGUGGGGGACAAAGGGGCGCAGCUCUCGGUGGGGCAGAGGCAGCGCGUGGCCAUAGCCCGGGCUCUGCUGCGGCGACCAACCCUCCUCAUCCUCGAUGAACCCACCAGUGCCCUGGAGGGGGGCGAGGAGCUGGAGCCCUGGCGCUGGGUGCAGUUGGGGGUCACCAGGACGCUGCUGCUCAUCACCCACUGCCCACGGCUCCUGGCCAGGGCCGACCGCACCGUGGCGCUGGGACCUGCCGUGGAGCCACCAACCACCCCGGGACAGGAGACCUGAGGCCACGGGGAUGGGCCGAGGGGAAAGGGGUGACCCAGGGGGUGUGGGGAGUAACGGGGGGACACCAGGAGUUGGAUGGGGAACACCAUAAACCAUGAUGGGGACAGUGGGAGGUGGGAUGGGGACAGUUGGGAUAGAGAUGGGGACACUGAGAACAUGGACAGGGACAUGAGGAGCAGGGAUGGGGACACCAAGGGAUGGGAUGGGGACACUGGGAGAUGGGAUGGGGACAGUUGGGAUGGGGAUGGGGACACUGAGAACAUGGACGGGGGACAUGAGGAGCGGGGAUGGGGACACCAAGGGAUGGGAUGGGGACACUGGGAGAUGGGAUGGGGACACUGGAUGCGGAUUUGAAGUGGUGGGAUGGGGACACCAAGGGAUGGGACCACCACAAGCCACGAUGGGGACACUGGGAGCUGUGAGCAGGGACCAUGGAAGCUGUGCUGGGCACGCGGUGGCCGGGCUGGGGACAGCGCCAUGUCCCUGCCGCGGGACGGUGACCACGAAGGUGUUUGGGUGCCACCAGUGCUGGGGAGCACCCGUUCGCAAUAAACCUGGGUCUAUCUC